CACUUUGUUUUGUUUUGUAUUAUGAGGUCAAUUGUUGUCGGCUUUAUUAAAAACUAUGAGCAUAAAGAUAUUUCUACCAACUGAAUACUUCUAUCUAAAGCGGGCCUGCAAUCUAUAUGGCCAACUACACAUUAGCGAGGAUAAUGUCGUAGUUUAUUAUGUGGUAGACGCUGACAACAAUAAACUAGACUCGGACACAAAUAAAAUGCGUUUCUUGGGAUCUAUCUUGUGCAGUGAUUCCUAUGCGGACAGCAACUAUUGCCGUUCACAUGAUGUCGUCUUAUGCUUCACUUACAGCAACGAUGCGCCGAACGUCUCGCUUAUGUUUACUGGAAUUACGCCCGAAAAUCUGAACCAAGUUAAACUAAUACUUUACGAUAAACAAACAGUACGUAGUUUAGUUAUCAAAGAGAACAACACCCUCGCCCACUGGACAAGGGAGAAUCAAAUUAAUGACGAGUGCGAUUUCUAUAUGCUGGCCCAGUUGGUUCAACCAAAUCCAGACACGUGCCGCAAAUCGAAUGACUUGUGGUUCUAUGGGAGUCAGUCAUUGUGCUUGCUUGCAAAUAUUCCAAUGCAAAUGUUUCAAUAUGUUGUUGGCAACAAAUUUAUAAAUAGUAUAAUAACCCACACAGUCAUUUAUAGACAUUAUAAGGAAUGGCAAUCGAUCUAUGCAGCGGGUUCCAGAUUGUCGAAUAUUAUGAUAGAUCGAGCAUUGGGCAUUAUUUUAAUGCUGAUAUUGUUUACGCUUGUUUCUCAUCCAGGCGAUUUUCUUAUUCAGAUCUCCCACAUUAUUAUACACCAGCUAUAUAGUCUUUUGAAGGUUUUGGAAGGUAGUCCCAUCGGUCUCAAGCUUAACAUACAUUUGAAUAAUUUUUUUCUUGACUGCUUUAAAUAUCACAUUGAACUGUGGUCCACCUUUUUGGAUUUGAUCGAACCAAUUGUACGGCAGGUUUUCCUUGCCAUCGGGGCAUUUGGAUGUUUAGGAUUUACAUAUCAAAUAGCAUUGCUUGCCGAUUUAAUAUCAAUAGUUGGCUUACAUGCUCAUUGUUUCUACGUUUACACCAAAGUAUUGAAUAACGUCGAAGUUAAAGGCCUGACGGUGUUAUGGCAAGUGGUACGAGGCAAUCGCUAUAAUAUCUUAAGAAAUAGAAUCGAAGCUCAUAACUAUAUGAAUCGCCAGCUAUACCUUGCAACAAUAUUCUUUUCUGCAAUAUUGUUCUUGUUUCCGACCACUCUUGUCUACUACGUUGUGUUUGCAACCUUAAAGGCGCUCACUUGCGCUACGUUGGCAACUCUGGAAUGUUUUCGCCGCAAGCUUUUAAAUUUUCCCAUAGAAAUGUUUUUGAAAUACAUUAAAAAGGGAUUCUAUGAAAUUGAUUGCCUAAGAGUGCUGGACACUCCACUUCAAAAACCAUUAUAUUUUAUUUAUCGAAAUUCAAAAUUAAUCAUUUUUGUAUAUAAACUCCGAGUUUAAA